AAAGGGGAUGGUUGUUCCACAGGUCAUGCAAAGCCAAGUUGCGAUAGUAGUGAUGUUGCAAAUAAAAGUAAGAAAAGAAGAUCGGUUAAUCGAAAUGAUAUGGAUGUAGUUGAAACAGACUCCAACCCAAAUGCAGAAACUUGUGCUGAAAGUGCUGGAGCUCAAAAGAACAACACAUUGAUUUCAUACCGAGGACACUAUCUAGCUAACAUUGAAAACAAAUUGAUUGUGAUAGUUCUCUUCAUAAUGUCAAUGUUUCAACGAAUGUUUGGUCGCCGGAGAUCUCCAGGAGAUGGAAGUUCCAGCCCUGCAGUUGAAGCAAGUGAGGAACAACCAGAAGAAGUUAAUAAUGACGGAUUUGUUGUUGUAGGUGAUGAUUCUAAUCAAGAUGGGGCUGCGUUCGGUCCACCCCCUGGCUAUUCUUUAGAAGGAGCUGCUGCUUUUCUCCCAUAUAACAUCAAUCCAACGGCUACCCCAAGGUCAGAACCUCAGAGUGCGAUUGAUGGUGUACCGUUUAAAUUGGGUUCUAAGAUUAUACUAGAAGGUAGUUUACAAGUAGUUGAUUUAACUUCAGCUGCAGAAAUGAUAGAGAAGAUAAACAUGUUCAACUGGGAUGAUUACGAAUACGAUUUCCAGUUGGAACGAAGUAUUUUACAAGAAUUCACCACAACUGAACAUGAAAACUUUGUAGAGUAACAAUGCUCAAUAAAUUCGGUACAAUGUAAAGUACUCCAUGCCUUUUGUAUGUGAACCAGUCACAGUCCUUUGGUUGUUUUGUCAGAUGAAAAACUGUGGUGUGACAUUUGUUUAGCAAAAGAAGCUGUUUCUGGUCCGCAGUAUAUUGACUUAUCUGUGAUAUUUAAGUUUUACUGGUGUAUGAAAUUUGUUACUUACAGAUUAUUUCAAUUUAUACAGAUAGUAUAUAACUACAAGGCAGAUACUCUAUUACAUAGUUCCUGUGGUAUAAAAAUAAUGUUUAAAAACAUUUAACCUUGGUAUGACGUGGUAAGGAAUGUAAUUCGUGAUUUGUGCACUGCCCUAUACAAGUUGUUACAUGUACAGUUGGCUUCAAGAAUUUUGCUACACAGAGCAAUUUAAGUAGACUUCUUGCAUCUCUACUGUACGUAUUGUUACUUAAUUAUUAAUAUUUUGUUUGAUAAGCAUGUGUUUUCUCGUGUUCAAAUGUUUUGUGACAUUUGACGGGCAGCAUUGUCAAUGUGGGAUUGCCAGGUGUCUCCUUUGCUGGCUGUGAUGUGUGCCAAGAUUCGUGAAGCCAACUGUACAAAAGAAGAGGAUUUAAUAUCAUUUUAAUAUGCAAAUACGUAAUUUUUUUUAUGUAAAUCUUUAUUAGGAAGUACAUACUAGUUAAGAGAAGCUUAAACUAAAGUCCCCAUUAUCAACAAGUUUCAUCCUGUUUUUUAUUUGUUUUCACUUGAAAGGCAGUCCCUGGUUAUGGGGGGUGUGUGGCCGAUCUGCUUUUGGCUGGGUGCUGAUAAGGGAAAAUUGCUAUUAACCAAAACUCAGCAAUUUAUGGCACUUAUGUCUCUGAUAUCCAGUUAAUGGUGCAAUAUGUCUCCUAUAUCCAGUUAAUGGUGCCAUAAGUAUUAACUUUGAACUCUGCGCAUUAUAACGCCAUAAAUCACCAAUUUUGUACAUGAACUUCCCUGACAGAUAUAUACUUAGCUAUAGUCUCCGACGUUCCCGACAGAAUUUCAAAUCU